AUGCUCAAGCCCAAGGACCUGUGCCCCCGAGCGGGUACGCGCACAUUCCUGGAGGCCAUGCAGGCUGGCAAAGUGCAUCUGGCCCGCUUCGUGCUUGAUGCGCUGGACCGCAGUAUCAUCGACUGCCGCGCGGAGCAGGGCCGCACGCCGCUCAUGGUGGCGGUGGGGCUGCCGGACCCCGCACUGCGCGCGCGCUUCGUGCGACUACUGCUGGAGCAGGGUGCAGCCGUGAACCUUCGCGACGAGCGCGGCCGCACGGCACUCAGCCUGGCGUGCGAGCGCGGCCACCUGGACGCGGUGCAGCUGCUGGUGCAGUUCAGCGGUGACCCCGAGGCAGCCGACUCCUCCGGCAACAGUCCAGUGAUGUGGGCGGCGGCGUGCGGUCAUGGGGCGGUGCUCGAGUUCCUGGUGCGUUCUUUCCGCCGCCUCGGCUUGCGCCUCGACCGCACCAACCGCGCGGGCCUUACGGCUCUGCAGCUGGCCGCCGCCCGCGGCCACGGAACCUGCGUGCAGGCCCUCACUGGGCCCUGGGGCCGCGCAGCAGCCGCCGCUGCGGCCCGGGGCUCCAACUCCGACAGCCCACCUGGUCGUCCAGCUCCUGCGCCCAGCCCGGAGCGCCGACGACCCAGCCCCCGCCGCCUACCGCGGCCUCUCCUAGCACGUUUUGCGCGAGCUGCCGGAGGCCAUGGUCAUGGCAGCGAGGCUGGCUCAGGGGGCAAGAGCUUGGGCCGGCACCGGGCACAGGGCAGCGAGCGGCCGGAGCUGGGCCGGAGCAUGAGUCUGGCUCUGGGUGCAGUGACCGAAGAGGAAGCGGCUCGACUGCGGGCGGGAGCCCUGAUGGCCCGACCACACUCACCCCAGUCUUCGGGGACCGGGCGGUGGCGUUCUCAUGAGGUGCUGGAAGGAUCGCCCCCAACCUUAGUGCAAGCCUCCAUCGGCCUUAGCCCCCACCCCGAGGGCGGCCUGAGCUCUGGCCGCUUGGGUUUGCGCCGACGCUCCACAGCCCCAGACAUCCCCAGCUUGGUCGGAGAGGCGCCAGGGCCCGAGAGCAGCCUGGAGUUAGAGGCCAACGCUCUGCCUCACUCGGUGCCUGGGCCCCAGCCGUGGCAAGCAGACACGGAGGCCGUGGUGCUGCACGCUCAGCGGUAAAUAGUGUCCAGAAUGAGCCCUGUUCCCUGCACCUUCCUGUCUCUGCUCCACUGGGAUUUCUCUCUUUCUUCCGGGUCCCUCACUUUCCUGGCACUUUCCCUCUCCGCUGUGAUCCCAGAACCUGUCCCCACUGCUGAGGCGAGUUGUCCUGUCUCUGAAAGAGACCCCUAUUAUUUAUUUUUUGUGCUUGCUGGAAUUUUUGGUGUUUCCUACCUAAGUCUCUCACCUUCCCCACAGCCUGCUUUUUUUAUCCUGGAAGGGGAGGAUUAGAAGACCUGGUUCCAUGGACUACAUACAGCCUUCUAGCCAAGAACAUGGUCUCCCUUUCCUCUGCCUAAGGCUCAGUCCCCAGUCGGGGCUGGCUCCUGUCAGGUCUCUUUUGGGGGAGGGGGUUCCAACACCCAGGCAGCCAGGCAGGCAGAAGAGUGACCUGCAGAACAAGAACCUAUCCCCACUUCCCUCCCAGUGAUGCUGACAAUAAUGCCACACAUGA